GGCCCGGCCCUACCCGAACCGCGCUGCCAUUGGUGGUGGUGGCGAGGCCACUACUCCCAGCCCUCCGGGGGUGGCUUUGGCGAUGAAUGAAGCGCGAGUGGGCUUUGCGCGAAGGCCAGAGCGCAGGGCGCAGCGCGGCGGCCGGGUUCACGGGAAGAAUAGACCCAGAGACACGACACUCUACUGCAUCUCACCUGCUGUGUUGCCAAAGCCCUUCUCACGAGACUGGAGAUGCCUCAGCACUCAAUGGGGGACAAGCACCUCCUCUCCCUCCCGAAGCUCCUCUUCGCCAGCUCGUCCUCCACCACAGACAGCGGGUGUGACACUCCCCCCAGCAGCAGAGCAUCACCAGCCUCCCUGCGUGCUGCCCACACCCCCCUGGGCUCCUCCAGCCAACCCCUGUUUGAGCCCCAGGUUGAGGAUCGGAGGAGUCAGACAGCCCAUGAGGUGCAGUACGUGUCUGCAGGGCCACAGGACACACUAUGCGGCUGGCAAGGCUUCACUCCCAAGUGUCUGCAGGUCUUCAACACCCCCAAAGGCUUCCUCUUCUUCCUAUGUGCAGCCUCCUUCCUUCAGGGCAUGAUAGUGAACGGCUUUAUCAAUACUGUCAUCACCUCCAUUGAGCGCCGCUUCGACCUGCACAGCUACCAGAGUGGGCUCAUCGCCAGCUCCUACGACAUCGCUGCCUGCCUCUGCCUCACCUUUGUCAGCUACUUUGGGGGCAAUGGGCACAAGCCGCGCUGGCUGGGCUGGGGCGUGCUUGUCCUGGGGAUCGGUUCCCUGGUAUUUGCACUGCCCCAUUUCACCGCUGGCCACUAUGAGGUAGAGACGGACGAGGGGGUGAGGACAGGGGCAUGCCUGACCAACGGCAGUCACGUGGAGUGUAAGGACAGUCCCUCAGGCCUGUCCAGCUACCGGCUGAUCUUCAUGCUGGGCCAGCUCCUGCAUGGCGUGGGUGCCACACCCCUCUACACACUGGGGGUCACUUACCUGGAUGAGAAUGUGAAGUCAAGUUAUUCACCCAUCUAUAUCGCCAUCUUUUACACGGCAGCCAUCCUUGGGCCUGCGGCCGGCUACCUGAUCGGAGGAACCAUGCUAAAUAUUUACACAGAAGUGAGCCGACGGACGGAGCUGACCACUGACAGCCCGCUGUGGGUUGGCGCCUGGUGGAUUGGCUUCCUGGGAGCUGGGAUUGCUGCCUUCUUCAUCGCCAUCCCCAUCCUCGGCUAUCCCCGGCAGCUACCAGGCUCCCAGCGCUAUGUCAUUAUGAGAGCAGCUGAAAAAGAGCAGCUGAAAGGCCACAGCCACGGAGCAGCAAGCAACCCAGCUUUCGGCAAGACUGUCAGAGACCUGCCCCUCUCCAUCUGGCUCCUCCUACGGAAUCCCACAUUCAUCCUGCUCUGCCUGGCAGGGGCUACAGAAGCCACACUCAUCGCUGGCAUGUCCACAUUCGGUCCCAAGUUCUUCGAGGCCCAGUUCAGCUUGAGUGCCUCAGAGGCUGCCACUCUGUUUGGAUAUCUGGUGGUGCCAGCAGGCGGUGGUGGCACACUCCUGGGUGGCUUCCUGGUGAACAGGCUCAAGCUCCGUGGCUCUGGGAUCAUCAGGUUCUGUCUGUUCUGCACUCUGACCAGCCUCUUGGCCUUCUUCGUCUUCCUCAUACACUGCCCCAACGUGCCCAUGGCAGGCGUGACAACUGGCUAUGUCGGGAGCCUCCUGCCUGAGGGCCACCUGGACCUGAAGGCGGCUUGCAACGCCAUGUACUGUUGCAGCCCAGAGCACUACAUUCCGCUGUGUGGCUCAGAUGGCACCAUGUACUACUCUCCCUGCUACGCAGGCUGCCCUGCGGGUGCUGGGACAGGCCUCGGCAGCCAGAAGGUAUACCGAGGCUGUAGCUGUGUCCUUGAGAAGGUAUCCUCUGGCUUGGGCAAUGCUACCACAGGGAAGUGCACUUCCACCUGUCAGAGAAAGCCCCUCCUUCUGGUUCUGGUGUUCAUUGUAAUUAUCUUUACAUUCCUCAGCAGCAUUCCUGCUCUAACUGCUACUCUACGGUGUGUCUGUGAUCGGCAAAGGUCCUUUGCCCUGGGGAUCCAGUGGAUCGUCGUGAGAACACUAGGAAGUAUUCCAGGGCCCAUUGCCUUUGGCUGGGUGAUUGACAAGGCCUGCCUGCUGUGGCAGAGCCAGUGUGGCCACCAGGGCUCCUGCUUUGUCUACCAGAAUGCAGCCAUGAGUCGGUACAUGCUCAUUGCUGGCCUCAUUUUCAAGGUGUUGGGCUUCCUCUUCUUUGUCGCCGCCUACUUUCUGUACAAGUCCCCUUCAGUGUCCUCAGAUGGCCUGGAGGCCUCCCUGCCCAGCCAGUCCUCAGCCUCUGACAGUCCCACAGAACAGCUCCAGAGCAAUGUCUGACAUCACCGCACCCCUCCCCCCACUUCCUGAGGACUCUUCCUGGAAACCCUGACCUCCUCAUAGGGUGGCAACCCUGAGCAGAGGACCUCACACUGCAUUCUGGAGUCUCUUGCUGCUCCACGCUGUGACUAAGCAGCUUCGGAGUCACUAAGGAGGAAGAGGAAGGAGUGUGUCAUAUAUGAACCAGACACAUUCCCCAAGCCCUGGAGCCUUUAGGCGGUCACUGCAUUUCAUAGACCAUCACCUGGUCCCGAGUUCCUGUGUCUACUGAAAAGUCCCAUGCAGGGUGGCAGUGCCCUGGGUGGCGUGAUCCUGUGGAGCCAGAUAUUUGGUGUUUUGCUUGAAUCUGCUUUUACUGCCUGUCCUGGAAGCCUGGUGGCCUCUGUGCUGGGCGGGAGCGACUUGAAUCAUUAUGUCUGGACAUACAUCUUGCACUGAAUGGCGUUUAUGGAAUCAAUUUUGUACCUGAUCGUGUGACUUGUGUCCAAGCAAACUGCAGUGAGGGUGUCAUCCCAUUUGAGGUGCCACACAGGUUGCAUGGACAAUGCAUUUCUAUGUUUUUGGUUAAGAGUGUAUACAUAAUAUAUUUUAAUAUUUAAAGCAAUAAUCCUUGUGUGAGGUUUUAUUUCUAUGAGUCUAUGAUUUGGCAGGUCUGUCUGACCACCUUGGGUGUGGGUUUCCAUAGCAAUAGGCUGUCCCAGGCAUUUGCUGGGCCCACAAUACUCCCAGGGAGCAUCCCCACUGCCUCUGUGACCAG